CCAAGCUGGAGGAGCAAAAACAUCACAGCGCAUUCCUGGGGAGUCCUCAGCUGCCAGCAUCUGAUUAGAACCACAUCUCUCCCUGUGAGUGGCUAGCUCCGCUCGGGAGUCUAGCGUACAACUGAGUAUUUAACCGGCCCGCGGGGUCGGCUAGUCUGCCCGGCGGAGGGUUUGGGGAUCAGGGGGAAAAGAAAUCAUGCUCGGAGCCGAAAGGAGCUAGUUUAUCACCUUGGAUUAUGUCCAUCUGAGACUCCCCAAUUGUGAAUCCUUCUGGGAUCUCAAAGAAUCUCCUGGAGCCAGGGUUCGCAUCCAGCUUCUUCAAAAUGUCUACUGAAGUAGAGACCAACAUGGCCAAUGGUCAGCCUGAUCAACAGGCAGCAACCCCCAAGCCACCAUCAAAGAAAGAAAAAAAGAAAGGAACAGAAAAGACAGAUGAGUAUCUCUUGGCCAGGUUCAAAGGUGAUGGCGUAAAAUACAAGGCCAAACUCAUUGGCAUUGAUGAUGUGCCAGAUGCAAGAGGGGAUAAAAUGUGUCAAGACUCUAUGAUGAAAUUGAAGGGAAUGGCAGGAGCUGCUCGGUCUCAGGGACAGCACAAACAGAAGAUUUGGCUGAAUAUUUCUCUCUCUGGAAUUAAAAUAAUUGAUGAGAAAACUGGGGUGAUCGAGCACGAACAUCCUGUAAACAAGAUCUCUUUCAUUGCCCGAGACGUGACAGACAAUAGGGCUUUUGGUUAUGUGUGUGGAGGAGAAGGACAGCAUCAGUUUUUUGCCAUAAAAACUGCACAGCAGGCAGAACCAUUAGUAGUUGAUCUUAAGGACCUUUUUCAAGCCAUCUAUAAUGUCAAGAAAAAGGAAGAAGAAGAUAAGAAAAAGACUGAAGAAGCCAACAAGGCCAUUGAGAAUGGGAAUGGAGACCUGCUGACACUUGAUAACCGAGCUAGCAAAAUGAAAUUGGGUGUUGACCAGAUGGAUUUGUUUGGGGACAUGUCCACACCUCCCGACCUAAAUAGCCCAACAGAGAGCAAAGAUAUCCUGUUAGUGGAUCUAAACUCUGAAAUCGGCACCAAUCAGAAUUCUCUAAGAGAAAAUCCCUUCUUAACCAAUGGCAUCACUUCUUGCUCACUUCCUCGACCAAAGCCGCAGACACCUUUCUUGCCUGAAAAUGCUUUUUCUGCCAAUCUCAACUUCUUUCCCACCCCUAAUCCUGACCCUUUCCGCGAUGAUCCUUUCACACAAGCAGACCAAUCGACACCUUCUUCAUUUGAUUCUCUCAGACCUCCAGAUCAGAAGAAAGAGAGUCUGAAUAGCUUCUUACCGCUUCCACUGAGUAAUGGGUCUCUGAAUGGCGAUUUUGAUUACUUUGGGCAACAGUUUGACCAGAUUUCUAAUCGAACUGGGAAACAGGAGGCUCAGGCAGGCCAGUGGCCCUUUGCAAGUUUGCAAUCCAUGCCCGCAAUAAGAACUCAGAAUGGGGUUCUUGAAAGAGAACAAAAUGGCCUUCUUAUCAAAUCUCCCCCCAAUUUUUUUGUGGGGAGCCCUCCCAAAGGACUGUCACUACCCAACGGAAUAAAGCAGGACACAGAAAACUCUGUCCAGUCCUCACCACAUGACUCCAUAACAAUUAGCCCACCUCCACAAAGUACCAAACCUGGAAGAGGCAGAAGGACUGCUAAGUGUUAA